CCCAUCCGGGGGCCAUGGCGGGACAGGUGAGGUUGCCGCCUGGACAGCCUUGUCGAGAAGGUUAUAUACUAUCUCUGGUCUGUCCGAACUCUUCCAAGGCUUGGUGUGAGAUCAUGAACGUUUCACAGCUGUUUGCUUCUCCUGCCGUCUACACGGAUGUGAAUUCCAGCAUCACCAACUUGAGUAUCUCUGCAAAUGCAGAAAACAAAUACAGCCUUUAUGUGGGCUUGGCACUGGCCGUAAGUUCUAGCAUUUUUAUUGGCUCCAGCUUCAUAUUGAAAAAGAAGGGCCUCUUACAACUGGCCACCAAGGGAGUUACUAGAGCUGGACAAGGUGGGCAUUCUUACCUCAAGGAAUGGCUUUGGUGGGCAGGAUUACUCUCAAUGGGAGCAGGAGAGGCUGCAAAUUUUGUGGCCUAUGCUUUUGCACCUGCCACUUUGGUCACUCCCCUGGGUGCCCUGAGUGUUCUCAUAAGUGCAAUAUUGUCUUCCUAUUUUUUAAAUGAGCGCUUGAAUAUUCAUGGGAAAAUAGGCUGCAUAUUAAGUAUAUUGGGGUCAACUGUGAUGGUUAUCCAUGCCCCUCAAGAAGAGGAAGUUGCUUCUCUGCAUGAAAUGGAAAUGAAAUUGAGAGACCCAGGGUUUAUAGCCUUUGCAGUUGUUAUAACUGUGAUCUGCUUGGUGCUGAUAUUGGUCGUGGCUCCCAGGAAAGGACAGACCAACAUACUGGUCUACAUUUCAAUCUGUUCAAUGAUUGGAGCAUUUUCAGUGUCUUCCGUCAAGGGCCUGGGAAUUGCCAUUAAGGAGCUAUUAGAGUGGAAACCUGUUUACAAGCAUCCCCUGGUCUUCAUUUUGUUGGCUGUGCUCGUGCUUUCAGUGACUACACAGAUUAACUAUCUCAACAAGGCCCUGGACACCUUUAAUACAUCAUUCGUGACUCCCAUUUACUAUGUGGGCUUCACGUCCAUGGUAGUGACUUGCUCCGCCAUCUUAUUCCAGGAGUGGUAUGGCAUGAAAGCUGGAGAUAUCAUCGGGACCCUGAGUGGGUUCUUGACCAUUGUCAAUGGCAUCUUUCUUCUACACGCUUUUAAAAACACUGACAUUACCUGGAAAGAUUUAACAACUACAACUAGGUUGAGAAACAAAUGUUUCAAAAUGACCAGCAGGCAUAUGCAUUGA